AUGUGUGAGUUGGUAGACAUACGCGUUAAUUGCUCAACUCAUUGGAAUUUUCAGCAGGAUUCUCAUUUGGCGGUAAUACAACAACAACAGGGAUUCAGCUUCGGUGCACAACCACCAUCACAACCACAAUCAAAUACACCAGCAAAGCCAUCUCUCUUUGGCAACCAGGGAUCCACCACUCCAGCUGCACCCCCACCAGCAAACAACACCUUCUCCUUCGGUAACAGCCAGUCAACCACCCCAUCAUCUGGCUUUGGUGGUUUCAGUGGCUUCGGUAAGCCAGCAGAAAAUCCAAGCACGCCUGGUGCAGGUGGUAGUGGUGGUUUGUUCGGUGGAAACGCAGGUGGUAGCGCAUUCGGCAGCACACAACCAUCCUCACAACCUUCAUCAACCACCCCUUCCACUACUCCAGCUGCCCCUUCUUCUGGUGGUUUCAACUUGGGUGCUAUGGGUUUUGGUAAUACCCCCAAACCAGAGGAAAAGAAGGAGGCACCUAAACCAGGUGGUUUUACUUUCGGUGGUCUUGGAAUGGGAAGCAAGCCCGAGGAGAAGAAAGAUGACGCGCCUAAACCUAGCUUGUUCGGUGGUGGAGCUUUUGGUAAGCCUGAAGAGAAGAAGGAGGAGAGCAAGCCAUCAGGUAGUGGAGGCGGUGGUUUCUCUUUCGGCAGCGGCGGCUUCGGCAAGCCAGACGAGAAGAAGGAUGAUGCACCAAAACCUGCGCCCAGUGGUGGAUUCUCCUUGAGUGGUUCUGAUAAGGGCAAAGACAAAGAAAAAGAGAAGGAUGAUACAUCCAAACCAGCCGGUGGAUUUGGAUUUGGAGGUCUCGGUGGACUAGGCGCACCUAAACCUGCAGAGGCACCUAAACCUGCUACUUCUGGUGGAUUUACAUUUGGUGGUGCCCCUGCCAAGCCCUCUGAAGAGAAAAAGGACGAUGCAGCUAAGGCGUCGAAUCCAUCACAGUCCAACCCCUCACAACCUGCCAAACCAACUGGUGGAUUUUCGUUCGGCGGUACACCUGCCAAACCCACUGAAGAGAAGAAGGACGACGCGGCUAAACCGGCUGCACCUGCCGCACCUGCACCUGGUGGAUUCUCUUCAUUCAAACUCGGCGGAGAGAACAAAGACGCAGAUAAGGAAAAGGAGAAAGAAACAAAAGAUCCACUCUCAGUGAGUGCACUAGGGAAAUCCACACCAGGCAAUUCCACAACCACAAGCAACGCCGUUAAAGCAUCACCCACGCCAUCACUCCUGCGCAACAAAACGCUCGACGAAAUCACUCAUCGCUGGACAGGCGAACUCGAAACCCAGCAGAAGGAUUUCAACAAGAUAGGUCACGAGGUAAAAGCGUGGGAUGGGGUACUACGUCAGAAUGCAGAGCAAAUAUCGCGUAUAUACAACCAAACAGUACAAGCUGAGCAGACUCAGCUGGGUGUUGACCAAUCGCUCGACUACAUAGAAGCUCAGCAGCGUGAACUCGACGUCGUGCUAACCAGGUAUGAGAAAGAGACGGAGGAGCUGCUCGAUGGUGGAGAGAACGUUGGCUUAGGUGUUGGUGUGGCUGAUAACGAACGCACCAAAUCUUACACUCUUGCUGAGACGGUCAACGAUGAACUCGAUGACCUCAGCAGAAAUCUGUCGACUAUGAUCGACGAAAUUAAUCUCCUCUCAGGCGGCGUUGGAGCUAAAGAGGAAACUACUAAACAGGAGGAUGUGAUUGGACAGAUCGCUGCUAUACUUAAUGCUCACCUUAGCUCCCUUCAAUGGAUAGAUGGCACGUCUAACAACCUCGUCGAGAGAGUCAAAGAGCUCGAUGGUGUUGUUGGAGGUAUUCAAACCAAGAAGGAGUAUGACGGUGGAUUGAAUAAGAGUAGCAAUGCGUUACCGAGAAGAGGAGGAUUUGGCAUGAGUUUGGUGUAA